GUCUGUGUAUGGCGUUCCAAUCUUGCGGGAUGGCGGCUCAGCCUCCUCCUAAACCGUGGGAGACCCGGCGCGUUAUGGGUGGUCUCCCCGCCACCUCAUAUCAUUCAGCUGAUCUUAGAGCUAAUGUCUUGACUAGACCAGGACAGCCAGCUCUCAGCAGAGUGCCUCCUCCGGUUUUACCCAGACCGACACAGCAGACCAGAAGCAGUACAAUCAGUCCCUACCGGCCCGCAUACAGCUCUUUCUCACCAGCCUUUGGAGGAUCGUAUGGCAGCUCAUUUUAUGGCAGCUACAGUCCGUAUAGCUACGGGGGUGGCAUGGGAUUUAAUCGCUUUCAGGCAGACGAUGUGCCCCCUAGUAGGUUUGUCCGUCAAGCUGAAGAGAGCAGCAGGGGGGCUUUCCAGUCUAUUGAAAGCAUUGUCCACGCGUUUUCCUCUGUCAGUAUGAUGAUGGAUGCCACUUUCUCCGCAGUUUAUAAUAGUUUUCGAGCUGUUCUGGAUGUAGCCAACCACUUUUCCAGAAUGAAGGUACAUUUCACAAAUGUGUUUUCAGCUUUUGCACUAGUGAGAACAAUCAGGUUCCUGUACAGGCGCCUGCAGAGGUUAUUGGGUCUGCGGAAGAAUUCCGAAACAGAAGACUUGUGGACCGAGAGUGCUGGGACUGUAGCCCUAAACAACUCCGAAAGGAAUGCUAACAAGUCCUGGCCCAUUUUCUUGUUCUUUGCUGUUAUUCUCGGCGGCCCGUACCUUAUUUGGAAACUUCUGUCUACGAGUAAUGAAGAAGACGCUAAUGAAAAUAUAAACUGGGCAAGUGGAGAAGAUGAUCAUGUUGUGGGAAGAGCGGAAUAUGACUUUACUGCAGCUUCUGACGAAGAAAUCUCGUUCCGUGCCGGAGAUCUGCUGAAUUUGGCUCCUAAAGAACAACAGCCCAAAAUCAGAGGUUGGUUGCUGGGAAGUGUCGAUGGACAGACAACCGGAUUUGUUCCAGCAAAUUACAUAAAAAUCCUGGGUAAAAGAAAAGGAAGAAAGUCUACAGAAUUAGAAAAGCAUGAAGAGUCGCAGGCUUUCCCAAGCAGCCCAUCGGUACAAGGACCCAUGGCAGUCGCCACUUUAGAAGAGCAAGAGGCAGCCCUGGAAUCGGUCUUUGUGGAAACAAAUAAGUCUUCAUGUGACAUUAACACAAGUGGAUCACAUGGGGAAGUAUUUGAUUUAUAAACCUCUUCUCUGUCCACAGUCCUUAAAUAUUUCGUAAAAAAUUAAAAAUAGCUAUUUGUGGCGAAUCGAUUAUUUAGAGUCCUCUCCUGGUAAACUUGGCACCUAAACGAAGCCUGGGAUGGGGAUAAAGUAUACCAACGGUAUUUUGUGCUACUAGAGCUACUGGCAAAUAGAAAUAUUUUGUUGUGUAAGGGCUUGAUGUCAGUAGCAGGAUGUAAGGCUGCCACAUAUUAUAUUCAUGUUUCAAGUCUUCUGUUGCAGUGUAUUGAUCAUUUUCUGCCUGUACUAAAAAGGUUGCGUUUAAUGUUAAGUUGAGUUGAGGAAAGAAAUGCAGGCCUCUUAGAAAAUUGAUUGGGAAUGCAAUGAAAAUAGACACGGAUCCAAAUCACUAAAUUCAUGUUAACAUCAGCGUGUCUUGAAUGUCUCUGUUCAGUAACUCAAAAUAUAAUAAACAUCUGGAUCACACGAUCAUUAGAAAAUAAAAA